CAUCUUUUAUUGGAUAUAAACCUAAAAUUAUUAAUAUCUAUUAAUUGCAUAUAACUAAACUACGAACACCGGAAAAGGCAUACUGUUGGUGUUGGUUGCUCCAACAAGAAUGUCCACCACACCACUCCUCAGCACCAUCACCAUCACAAUAGCAGCACCUCAACAAACAAAAUCGAUUCCCUUCGCCACCACACCACGGUUCCUCUCACCAUUCUCCGGCCACCACCAAUUGCCUGUCUCCUCCUUCUUCAGAAGAAGCAGCAGCAGCAACAACCCGCCAGCGCCCGCUCCCGAAACACAGUGCCCCGUCCCUCGUGGCCAGCAGCCAAUCAACGAGUACAACUCUCUCUCCACCUCCUUCCCCUUCUCCUGGGCCGCCGGCGACCCCGUCGAGUACGCGUCCCGCCUCUUCGCUCUCGGUGCGUCGUUUACGGUGCUUGUGGGCCUCCCUGUGGCGUGGUUCGGCACGGUGGGAGCGGAAUCGGAGCCGCUGGAGAGGGUGCUGUGCGGCGCCUCCAGCGGUAUCUUGGUUGUGACGCUUGCCGUCAUGAGGAUGUAUCUCGGUUGGGCUUAUGUUGGCAACCGACUGCUCAGUGCCACUGUUGAAUAUGAGGAGACAGGGUGGUAUGAUGGCCAGAUAUGGGUGAAAACUGCUGAAAUUUUGGCUCGGGACAGACUCUUAGGAUCAUUUUCUGUCAAGCCUGUCCUCAACAGAUUGAAAAUCACUCUAGUCAGUUUGGGAACAUCAUUACUUGUAUUUGCUCUUAUUCUCUUCAACAUCAAUGGGGACCAAAGUUAUCAAUCAUCAAAAGAAAUCAGAGAUCGGGUCAUACCUGGAGUUUACAGUGAUGAAUCUGCAAAAUCAUUUGAACCGGACGCCUUUUGCGGCGAACCUGAUCUUCAACAAUAAUACAUGAGAGCUUAUUAAUGAAGAUUGAAGAAUUAUGAAUCAUGGACCUUCCUUGCAUUCAUUUGGAGGGAAGGAGUGAACAAUAUACUCAAUAGUAAGUUCUAUAAUUCUGUACAUAACUUUUAUUCUCAUGUAGAAACAGUAUAUGUAGUAGCAUUGAAAUCACUGUAAAGUUGAAAAUAAUAUGAAUGGUAAUGAUAUUUUUAAUCAUGCAAGUAGUAAUAGUUUGUAACUUGUUACAAGGAUUUGUAACCUUUUUUACAGAAGGCGUCAGACUUAAUUGUUUAACAACAAAGAGAACACGGCCAUAAAAUGAAUAUAUUUUCGUUAUGGGCGAAAAAUCUUUUGUAUUUGGA